UAUAAUGGCAUUGCAUCAGAUGUUGAAUCAUUAAUACGAAAUAUGGUUGAUACUGGCAUCAAUAAUACAUUCAACGAACGUGUAAAAUUCAUGGCCGCAGUAAAUGCAAUGAAUGCAACCUUGGAGCUGGCCACUGCUCUGCAGUCUGGCGUCAGAGAGAUGGACAUAAAGAUGCAUGCACAGAUACAAGCUUGUGAAACUGCCACCUGGUUAGAAUAUGUCCCUAUGAUCAUUAUGGGACUGAACGACUUCUACAACCCCGAGAGUCAGAAAAAUGGAAAGGAAAUGUUGAUGAAUGUCGUUGGAAAUUUAACAAAAACAGUACUUUAUAUGCACCAUUUAUAUCCUGAAUUUACUUGCAUUGAAGACGUCCUUAUCAAUAUGCUGAGCUAUGCAGAAGAGUGGAGCACAAGAUCGCCAGAAGAACGGGGCAAGAUUGACCUUGACUGGAUGUUUAGUGUGGAUCAGGUGAGGGAUACGAACGAAAUAGUCAAUGAGAAAGUGGCUUUCAGUGGAUGUAAGUUAAAGCCUAACCAAUGUGUAAAGAAGUUACAGACAAUGUGUCUAACCAGCCACAUGACAUCAAGUAUUCCUGUAAUGGAUAGUAAAUACGAGAUUUGCAGAGCAAGAUAUCUAAAGCAGCAAGCUGAAAAGCAUUUCAAAUGGUUGGGAAUGAAAUAUAGACACGGAAUGAAUGAUGAUGAAUGCCGCAAAGACCCCUUAGCCCCAAAUAAAGGACCUUUGACUCUGUGGAAAAUGAAACAUGAACCUGUCGGGAACGGAGAUGGUCAGGUCAUUUACAGAGGAGUGCCAACACUAGACAACAAGCACAUCAUGUGGCAGAAAACGUCCGUCUGCACGUGUGAGAAGUGCUAUGAUAACGCCAAGAAAAGAAAAUGAAAUGCAAAACGUUUUGAUUUAACUAGUUCUUUGAAAUUGGAUAUCCAGUUCAUUCUUUAGACGAGAUAAAAAUCAAAAUGUAUGUUAGAUAUCAUUUAAACAUUAAAAUAGAUUUACAGUCUCUUUGGGUAGAUUCAUCGUGUUUGUUGUAUUUUCUGCCAAAACAACAUUUAACAUGUCUGAUUGGAAAAAAUAAAAUGUAUGCAAAAUCG